AGACGGGGUCAGGAAGGAAGGAACCGAUCGAAGGAGUUUUGGUACAAUAUUUUUAAUCAGCGAUAAAAUGAGUGAAUAUUACUAUAACAUCGAUGCAGGAUAUUUGGAAGGUCUUGUCAGAGGAUUCAAGGGUGGUAUACUCAAACAAAGCGACUAUCUAAAUUUGGUCCAGUGUGAAACUUUAGACGACUUGAAGCUGCACCUGCAGAGCACCGACUAUGGCAAUUUCCUCGCUAACGAGCCGAGCCCGCUGACGGUGUCCGUCAUUGACGACAAGCUGAAGGAGAAGCUCGUCGUCGAGUUUCAACACAUUCGCAACCACGCGGUGGAGCCACUGUCCACGUUCCUCGAUUACAUCACUUACAGCUACAUGAUCGACAACAUCAUCCUGUUGAUCACGGGAACGCUGCAUCAGCGACCGAUCACCGAGCUCAUUCCCAAAUGUCACCCGCUCGGAAGCUUCGAGGAAAUGGAAGCCAUUCAUAUCGCCUCGACCCCGGCAGAGCUGUACAACGCCGUGCUGGUCGACACCCCGCUAGCUCGCCGUUUCUUCGGUCGACUGCAUCUCCGAGCAAGACCUGGGAUGAGAGAACAAUAUGAGAUCAUCAAAAACACGCUGUACAAGGCAUAUCUAGAAGAUUUCUAUGAAUACUGUAGUGAGCUGGGGGGUGCCACUGCUGAAGUUAUGUGUGAAAUACUGUCCUUUGAGGCGGACAGACGUUCGUUCAUCAUCACGAUCAACUCGUUCGGCACGGAGUUGACGCGGGACGACCGCGCGAAGCUGUACCCGCGCUGCGGCAAGCUGUACCCGGACGGACACGCGGCGCUCGCGCGCGCGGACGAGUACGAACAAGUGCGCGCUGUCGCCGAAUACUACGCUGAGUACAAGAAGCUAUUUGAAGGCGCGGGAAACAACCCAGGAGACAAAACCCUAGAGGACAGGUUCUUUGAGCACGAGGUUAAACUGAACGUGAACGCCUUUAUGCAGCAGUUCCAGUUUGGAGUGUUCUAUGCCUACGUUAAACUGAAAGAACAAGAGGUGCGUAACAUCGUGUGGAUUGCGGAGUGCGUGGCCCAGCGGCAUCGGGCCAAGAUCGAUUCCUACAUACCCAUCCUGUAGCCUGCCUGUCUGUAUGCUGCUUGAUCGCUGACAGUCACGUAAUACCUAGCUACGAUAAUGCACACUGACAAAGUUCGAGCGUUUAAUCAUGGGUCCUGCUCCGCUACAUGAAAACUAAGUCAUAUUCCUGGUAUGGACUUAAUAAAGGUGGCCAUCCAGUGGAUUGGUGUGUGAAGAUUAACGUACCGCAGUAGAUUUCUUGUUAACCUAUCCCACUCAUGAUGUCUCGCGUGAAACACUUCAUCAGUGGACAUGAAAAUGCUUAGGUGAUUUCAACAUCGUAAAAGGCGAAAGGAAGAGAAUAUACUUAUAAAUUACGUAAGCUAGCUACCGGAAUUGUCAAAUAGUUGUUACUCUAAUGUGGAUAUAAUUACAGCUGUGCUAA